GGGUUUCCCGGGCAACCGCGCCGCUGGCGAGCGGGGGCGGCCGUGGCUGAGCGGGGCCCGGCGCGGUGCAGGUACGCGACCCGCGCUCGGGCAGCGCUGGGCUCCGAGCCGCGGCCAGUUCCCUCUCCCGCUGCUCCCCGGGGCGCCCGUCCGCAGAAGCCGAGCCCUGCCCGCCCGUCCCUGAGCCCCCGCGCUGCCGUGCGCCAGCCGCGCGUGUGCUCCAGGGAUAGCCGGAGGAGGAGGAAGACGAUCAGCUCACGGCUGGGAUGAUUAAAAGAGAUAUUGUCCAAAUGCUUACAUAAGGAUAUCGUGCUGAAUUCAACGCCUGGCCAGCCUGCUAUAAAACUUCUUUUUUUUAACUGCCAAAGCCAAAGUGUCGGGUGGUCUAUGGAUGGAUAAGGAGUGAAAGCAGGAAACAGUUGUCACAACUCGCCUGUCAAAAUCAAUUUACUAGACUCGGUUGUUUGGAAGGUAAAAUCCAGCUGCAAAUUAUGGCUCAUCGAUUUUCAAAGGAAGAAUUAGAUGAGCAGUUUGAAGAGUUUCUGAAAGAGUCUCUUUCAGAUGAUUCACUUGGAAAUUCAAAGAAAAAGUCCAGUAUUCUUGAGAAAUUGGGACAGCCCAGGAAAAAAGAAAAGAAGAAAAAGGAUUCAGUGCCCUGGUGGUUAUCUGAGGAAGACUCGGAUGAUGGUGGAAUGCUUGAAGCCAAUGGAAACUUUGUCAAGAUGCAGAACACUUCACAGCCUGUGGGAGAAAGUCAUGAAAACAUGGAUGUGAAAAAGAUGGAGCUUGAGAAAAGUAACGGAGGUGCUGCCUCUCUGAGUAGAGACAGCCUGGAAACAAAUGAUUCAGUUUUAGCUUCUGGGCCUAAUCAAAGUAUUGUAGGAGUUGGAUUGGAUACCUUGGAAGAACAAGAAGAAAAAGAGAUCUUCUUUGCCAAGCUUGAGCGAGAAGCUUCCUCUACUAUUGAUUAUUCAAGAUUAAAUAAAGAGCUGGAUUCUAAUGAUUCUGUCAUACUGGCACCAUUUGUACGAAAUGAAAAUGCUGAAAAAGAAGAAGAACCUGCACAUGAAGAGAAAUCUGGUAACUACAGUGAAGAUUUUGAAGAAGAAACAGAUACUACUCCUGCCCUUAAAAGUGAGGGAGAUCAGGUGAAUCAAAACAUCGUGUCAGAAGUUGAUAUAAGUCCUCAAGAACAGGAAGAAGCAAACACUGGCAUGCUGGCUAAUGUUGUAUUGCUUGAUUCACAAGAUUCUGCUGUAGAGCUUCAGAAGGCCAUUGAAAUAUCAGCUGUAGCUCCAGGUGAACAUGAUCAGCCUGAAGAAGUCAGUGCAGUUGAAAUGAAUGAAGCAGGUGCUUCCUAUGGACAAACCACCAAUGACAUGGAAGCGCUAUACCAGGCAUAUCAUCACAUUGAUCAGUCUUUGGGGGACACUGGCGAGCAGGAACUGCACAAUUCUGCAGUGGCAGUCUCAGAAAGCUUGGGGCAGAGCACUUCACAAAAUAAGGACAUCUAUGCAAAAAACAUGUCAACUGUUGAUUCAGAUUUACCUACUGUGGAAGAAUUGAUGAAAACAAUUACAGGACAUAUGUAUAAUACCAGAAAUUUUGAUGUGGACUCUGAAUGUCCUGUGAAACUGGUAGGCAGCACAGACAAUGACCUCAUUAGCCAUUCACCCUUUGAAGACCCCCAGAAUAAUACAUCUUGGGAGAAAAACUUAGUUGAAAAGUUUAACAGAGAAGAAAGCAUCUUUCUACAGACAAGCGUGAAUGACGGUAACUUUCAGAGGAUGACUGAGAAAGAAAUUCCAACCAGUGAAGUACAGCCUGAUCUACUAAGAGAAAACAUAGGACAAGACUCUCUGCUUUCACAAGAAAGCAAAACUAAAAGAGCUCUUCGGUCUUGUUCCUUGAAGAAUGAAAGAUCAGAAUCAAUGUCAACCAAACCAAAGUUAUAUAAGAAUAUUAGAAGUCCAGCACCUGUACAUAAAAAGAAACCUUCACACAGUCCUCAUGGACUGGUUAGAAGUUCUGGCUAUGGGAAGCCCAGUUUACUUUCAAAGCAGUCUUUUCCAGUCAGUGAAAAGAAAACACCAAAAGAAACUUUCAAAAAGACCUGUAUGAAAGCCAAAAGUCCUGCAGAUAGAACAAAAUCUAAAGAAGCCUUAUUUGCUACUAGGAUUAUAAGAUCAGCAGCAAGUGAACCAACUUUGGAGGGAAGUAUUAACAGAGUUUUGUCUGGCCAAUCAGUUGUUAAUAAUCUUGGACACCAGGCUGUGGAUUAUAGCAGGCAAUAUCAUCAUGACUUAUCAUUUUCCCCUCUCCAAAGCUGUGAUAGAGAGCUGUAUUUGUUAAAACGAGUACAAGCAGCAGAGGAGGACCUGAACAGAGCUCGGGAUUUGAUUCAGCAGCUGGCCAGCAAGCUCUCACAAAAAGAGAAGGAGAUGGAGGCCAAGGUAGUGGAACUGAAAACACAGCAUGAAAAGGAGCUUUCCCAUCUGGGUCAGGAAAACUAUGUUCUUCAGAGUAAGCUAAGAAGUAUGGAGGAGAUUACCCAAGAAAAGAGGUGGACCCAUGCAGCAACAAUUCCUAUAACUGAGGAAAAACUGGCCCAAAUACAAAAAGAGAUUGAGGAUCAAGAGGUCAUUAUUCAAGGUUAUCAACAGGAAAAUGAGAGGUUAUACAAACAAAUGAAAGAGCUACAAAUCCAAAACAAAAAAAAUGAGGAACGAAUGUUUAAGGAGAAUCAGUGUUUAAAGACUGAAUUAAUACAGUUAAGAGAAAAGAUAGAGAAGAUUAACAACCAGUCACGAGCCAUGCAGGAUUCUGAACCAGCCAGAAAUCAGAGCUUCACAGAAUUGAUUUCAGAGCUUCGAGUAGCACAGAAAGAAGAAGCUAAAUUACAAGAAGAGAUAAGACGUCUAAAACAAGAUAAGCAAGCUCUUGAGGUAGACUUGGUACAAGCCAAGAAAGAGAGAGAUUUAGCCAAAGUCCAGAUUGCAUCUGCAUCAAGUGAGAAGUCUUAUGAAUUUAGAGUUAUGGAAGAAUCAUACAAACAGGAAAUUACUCAUUUAAAGAAAAGACUUCAGUGGUAUGCAGAAAAUCAAGAUAUUCUGGAUAAAGAUGCAGCCCGUCUUAAAGAUGCAAGAGAAGAAAUUGAGAAACUAAGACUAGAGGUUGAGAAGCUCAGAGCUGAAGCAGGAGAUGAGUGUGUGCAACAGAAGAAACGUUUGCGAGAGAGAGCAGCAGAUGCUAAAAGAAUUCAGGAUCUUGAGCGACAAAUCAGAGAAAUGGAAGGAAUUCUAAAAAGAAGGUAUCCAAAUUCUUUGCCUGCUUUGAUUUUUGCUGCUGCUGCUGCUGAGAAAACAAAUGAUAGUUCAGCUAAAACAAACACAGUUGAAUUUUUGGAGAGAAGAAUAAAGAAAUUAGAAACAGAACUUGAAGGUAAAGAUGAUGAAGCUAAGAAAAGCCUUCGUGCCAUGGAACAACAGUUUCAAAAAAUAAAGAUACAGUAUGAACAAAGACUUGCAGAGCUUGAGCAACUACUUGCCUAUGAGUUCAUGAACGAAACACCGAAACUGAAUGGUGAUAAAGCCAAUUCUGCACAACUUGAGCAGGAGCUUCAGAAUCUAAAGAAGACCCAUCAGAUCACUGUUGAAAACCUUCAAACAGAAAUUGAAAAUCUUAAAAGUCAAAAUUCCCAAUUGAAACUCAGAAGUAAAAAUGAUAAUAAAGAUUUAGAGUCCAUGGACUCUAAGAUGAAACAAGGUAGCACAAAAGACAGGUUGUUAAAACUAAAUGAAGAACUGGUCACCAAAAAUAGAGAAAUACAAGACCUCACAAAAACUGUAGAGAAACUUCAAAAAGAAAGGAUGGUGAUGUUGUCUGAUAAUAAUUUAAGAAAUAAAACAAAUACUAAUGGGAACUCUACAGAGGUCUUGAAAAAGAAUACCUCAGCAACAGAUAGAAGGAAUUCCAACAACACUGGAUCCUGUCUAAGCAUUUUCAAUGAUGACAAGACACACCAACCACGUACCUUUUCUGAUUCUCAUCUCUCAGAAGUUUUGCAAGAAAAUGUCCAUCUGAAAGAGGAGCUGGAGAAGCUGUCCCUGGAAAUGAGCCAGCAGCGGGUCAAGUCUCAGGCAGCUCUGGCUUAUUCUGAAAGCAACAUGCGAAGGAUUCAGGAAGACACAGCAGAAUACAUUGCAUCUCUGAAAGCUUCCCACCAGAGGGAAGUCGAGAAGAUUGUUUGCCAGCAUGCAAAGGAGCAUUCUACUUCUAAAGUAGCUGAACUGAAGAACAGAAUUUCAGCACAGGAGAUAUUAAUAAAACAUCUUCAAGAACAACUUGGUGAACAAGAGAGACGUCAAGAAGUUCUUUUAGUUUCGCAGAUAAGAGAGCAACUUCUACAAAAAGAGGUGACAAAAUUGUUGGAAGAGCUGAGAGAGGCUAGGGAGAGCCAGAGUCCUGAAAUGAAGCAUUUCUUGUGCCUGGAAAAGAAAAUCAAGCAUAUAGAGAGCAGACAUGCAGAAAGAGAGCAUGAAAUUCAAAAGGCAACCCAACUAAGGCAGCACAUUUCUGAAAUAAGGCAAACCCAGGAGGCUGAGAAGUGGCGAAGGCUGGCACAGCAGAAGAAUCAGGAACUGGAGAAAUUCCGAAUGGAGCUGGAUUCCAUACUCGAUGUUUUACGUGAGCUGCAGAAACAAGGGGUUGUUAUUCCUGCACCUGAUUCCAGUGCAUUCAGAGUGACAGACAGCUGUUAGAAGACAGGAUUAGGUAGUGGUUAAAUAGAGCAGCAGAAUUUUAAUAUUCAGAGUUAUGUAUAGAAAUGGUUUUGAAAAUCAUUAUUGUGACAUGUAUAAAUUGCAUUGCAUUUUGAUCUUCCUUUAAUCUCUCGUGUCCAGAGGCAGAUUUGCAUUGAGCAGUACUCUAGUCAUACUGUAUGUCUCCUAUUUUAUUAGUAAUAAAUUUACAUAUUUUUUUUAAUAAUAGGAAUCUUGAGGUUAUUCCGUAAAUCAGCUGCCAUUGAAAAGUUUCCUUUUUCACAGACUGUAGAACAUGCCUGAAUAUUUUUAAGUUUGAUUUCUAACUUGUCUUAUAGUGAUUCCUUUGUGAAAAAUUUGAGAAGCAAACUGUUUGGUUUGUAUGUUUAGUGUAUGGCAUUGAUGUAUUUCAUUCCAUAGGGCAGGAAAAGCAUCUUUUUCCAACAUUUUCUUCUCUCCCUCCAAUCCUAUAAUAUUCCUUCCCUUAAGACUUCUUUCCACUUCAGUGAAUGAUUGGAGGGCUGGAACAGAGCAGGCAUUCCUGGUGGUGCUCACAUUCAAGUUUUUCUUUGAGAUUAUUCCAACUGUGCUAGUAAGACUGAUGGCAGAGUGGGUCUGGCUGAAUUUUACAGGGCAGAGACAGAAGAAACCUAUAAAAUACAGUGUGAGUGUAGUUAUGGUGUCCCUUUUAAAAAGGAAGGUUUUUACAGUGGGCUGCUCAGGAUCUGACAUAGUAAGUACCUCUGUAGGGGAUCUUGACAGGCUAAGAGAUCAGUCAGAUGUGAAGACAGUGUGCUAAAGUUCAAACUUCAGGGAUGUGUAGGUGGGAAAAUUUAGAGUUAAAAUAUUGAGCAAGUUAGGAAAGAGACUGGGGGAAUGAAAAAUCAAAAAACAACUGAAAACCAAACCAAAAUACCAAAGGUGGAGGUAACUUUCUGCUGAACUGACAGGCAUCAUGGCAGGUAACACCCUGAAUGUUGGAGGCUGUUGUUUUCUCCUCAGGCCCUGCCAGUUACACACCUGUGCUGUAGAGCUGGUACCAAGGGGCAAUUCCUGCUGCAACACAAAUGUGUGCCUUAGGGUGCUAUGCUUUUGGUCUCUUCUUUCAAGAAAGAGAUGGACUCAGUGGAGGGAAGGAAGAGUCAUCACUCCAGGAAAUGCAGCCCUAGGAACCUCUGAAGCCAUAGGAACUGCACUGCUCCAGAGAGGAGCCUUGGGAGGGGGGAUGAUGAGCAUGGCUUUACGUAUAUGAAAAACCUGCUGCUAAAAGCAAGAAGCAGCAAUUAAAAAUAAAGGUAAUUUAAAAUAGAUGAUGAUAGCUAUGUGGUGGUUGGAAGGCAUGCUUUCCCAAUAAAUCAGUACAUUAUUAGUUUGAAGUUUCAGUGGCUGCAUGUCCUUAAGAAUUCCUAAGCACAUAUAUUGAGGUUGUAUCUCAAUCAACUCUGCUUAUUUAGAGCAAAGAGAAGAUGAAAGCUAGACUGUACUCCCUAAGGACCUGCAGUAUUGGAUGAACCUAGCAUUUAAGUCAGAUGUGAAAUAGUUCAGGUCUGUGCUUCUCUGUUUAUGUAUUGUGUUCUUCAGGGACCAGCAGUAAACCUGCAUUUUCUCUCAUAUAAGCGUGUGGCAUAGCAUGCAUAAAAAACAAGAGUAUAACAAAUUAUAGACAUAGACAGUGCUUAAGUACAAGGUUUUUUCUUUCUGGCCCAUACACAAACAUGAAAUGAGCCUGUAUACACAUAUAUAUAUAUAUAGAUAUUUUAAAAGGAUGAUCAGUUGCCAGUUAAUAUGGUAAUCUUGAUUGUUUCAUGUUCAGAUAUUUUCAGUAUUUUUAUUUUGUCCCCAUCUAACAAAGUAUUAGUCUACAUUCAUAAAAUGUGUAAAUAUAAAAAUGGUUUGUAUAUAAAAUAUCAUCUAUGUGUAAAUAUAAUGCAUUUUCUUGA